ACGAAUCCAAGAUGAAGGCUUUGGCCCUCUACGUGACAAUCACUCUUAUGGUUAUAAAUACAGCACAUGUGCAUAACUACCUUGAGGGGUUGAAGUGGACUAUAACACAUGCUAAAGAACCAUGGCACUGUGGUCACAGCAAACAUGAGUGCUCCAACCGCCACUGUGUACCACUAACAUCCGUGUGUAACGGGAUCAAUGACUGCGGGGACAACAGCGACGAGGUCCAUUGUCCUUUGGCUUCUCUUGGGAUAUGUGUACCAUUACUUCAAUUCCAAUGCCGUAACAAGAGGUGUAUUUCCAUACUAAAUUUCUGUAACGGCAAGGAUGACUGUGGGGACGGAAGUGACGAAGCAACAUGCGUCAUGCCACAUUAUUCACAUGGAGCACACGUACCUGCCGUCUCGACGUCAAAACCUAGUGUCACCUCAACAGCUAACGUAAAUGGUGGUCAGUCAGUGACAACCCCAACAGCAAAACCCUCCAAUGUGACACAAACAGAGACACUUACAGUUCGAUUAGUAAAUGGAAUGAAUGCCCUGGAUGGUCGGGUGGAGGUCCUACACAACGGUGUGUGGGGCACCGUUUGUGAUGACGGAUGGGACGAUGAUGACGCCAAAGUUGUAUGUCGAAUGUUGGGAUACGAUCCAGCAACAGCCACUCACACCUCCAAGGCUAGGUAUGGUAGCGGGACAGGGCCUAUAUGGCUGGACGAGACCCAGUGUAGUGGACAGGAAACCAACCUUGGACAGUGUCGUUUUGUCCCCAUAGGACACGGAGAUUGUGACCACUCGGAAGAUGCUGGUGUCAUAUGUCAGACUAGAAAGCAGACGAUGAUGAAUUCCCAAACGUUAACAGCGGCACCCCCAGGAGGGAAAUGGAUUGUCUUAGGAUAAGGUCGAUGUCCAUAUCCCUAAGCAGAUGAUUCCAUGUCCGUGUUUUCACAAAUAUUGUAUGUGUAUGGUGUUUUGAUAUUAUGAAAAAUAAAUAUAGUCAUUCUUGAUAUUUUAUCUAU